UCAGUGAUGAAACCGCACAAUGGGUGGAGAUGGCAUCUGAGGACGAGGCCUCGGAGACUAGCAAAGGGCUGUCAGCCGUUGCGCAGAUCUCCCACGACCUCGUGGCCACCUGCGCUCUGCAGCAGGAGGAAAUUCUUCGCCUGCAGCAGACAGUGGACCAGAUGCUUGUACGGCUGCAGGCGUUCGAGAAACAGCCAGUCGCCGCAGCAGCCGCAGGGCCUUCCAACCUUGCCACCCGUGUUCAAGUUUUGGAGGAUGACGUCAACAACAUUAAGCGUGUGCAUCAGGACUUCCGGACGUCGCACCAAGCAACGAACUUGCAGUUGGAGACGCAGGUCCAGGCUGCUGCCACCGUGACGCCCGCGGCUGCAUCCUCCCGACGCCCACCCAAACUGGAUGACAUUCCAGUUUUCUGCGAUCAGUCCAAGACGGAACCGAUCCCGUGGUGGCGCCAGUUUACUCUCAGGCUCGACAUGCACCAUUUGUUAGAUGAGUUCUCGGAUGUUUUUGAGACACCCUCCGGUAUAGUGCGGGACCGGCCGAUCUCUCACGAGAUCAUACUCGAGGCCGGCGGCGUGCCACCGAAGAGAUGCAUUUAUCGCAUGCUCGAGGAGGAGUUCACGGUUCUCCGUGCGCAACUCGAUGAUCUUCUUGACAAGGGUUGGAUCCGACCUAGCAGCUCACCUUACGGUGCGCCCAUUCUCUUCGUUGGGAAGAAGAACAAGGACCUUCGACUUUGCAUUGACUACCGACGCCUCAACGCGCAAACCAUCAAGAACGCGGGGCCUCUACCUCGCAUUGACGAUUUGCUUGAACGUCUGGGCGACGCUAAGUAUUUUUCGAAGUUCAAGUCGGGCUAUCAUCAGAUUUCCAUCCGCCCGCAAGAUCAAUACAAAACCGCAUUUAAGACGCGAAAUGGGCAUUUUGAGUGGGUAGUUAUGCCUUUUGGCCUCACCAAUGCCCCGGCUACCUUUCAGGCGGCCAUGACCACCGAGUUUCCCGCUAUGUUAGACCGUUUUGUCUUGGUCUACUUAGACGACAUCCUCGUCUAUAGCCGGACUCUAGAGGAGCAUCUCGAGCACCUUCGCCGUGUUCUAGAGACUCUUCGGUCAGCCCGGUACAAAGCUAACCGCGACAAAUGUGAGUUUGUCCGGCAAGAGCUUGAAUACUUGGGCCAUCUUGUAUCUCCGGAAGGCAUUCGUCCGUUGGCGGACAAGAUUCAAGCCAUCCAGGAGUGGCCCGAGCCGAAGAAUGUGACGGAUGUUCGAUCCUUCCUCGGCUUGGCCGGUUAUUAUCAGCGCUUCAUCAAGGGUUACUCGAAGAUCGCGGCCAACUUAAGCAAGUUACAAAGCGAGGAGCGGCCUUUUGACUUCGACGACGAUGCGCGCCAUUCUUUUGAAACACUCRAAGCGGCACUCUUAUCCGCCGAGGUGUUACAUAUUUACGACCCGCUUCUAGCUACGCGCGUCACUACCGACGCGUCGGGCUAUGGCAUUGGGGCCGUCCUUGAGCAACACGAUGGCACGGACUGGCACCCGGUCGAGUACUUUAGCAAGAAAGUGCCUCCCGUGCAUUUGAUCGACGACGCACGAAAGAAGGAGCUUCUUGCCUUCGUCCACGCCCUCAAGCGUUGGCAGCAUUUCCUCCUUGGUCGGCAAGCAUUCGGAUGGGUAACGGAUAACAAUCUGUUGAUAUUCUACAAGUCACAAGACACGAUUAAUAGUACCAUUGCCCGUUGGAUGGCUUUCAUCGACCAGUUUGACUUUUUACCUGAUCACAUUCCCGGAAAGUCAAACCGUUUUGCAGACGCCCUCUCACGGCGACCGGAUCUUUGCACCACAGUCUACUCUACCUUCGAGAUUGACGACGACUUGCGGGAGAGUUUCAUCUGCGGCUAUUAAGCCGACCCCCACUUUCGCGACAAGUACGCGAAUUGCUCCUCUUCGA